AUGGUCACGCCAACUCCAGUGAAUAUGUUACCCUCAUAUCCUUCUUCCGGUAUACCUUUCAGUAUAUUUCGUCAAGAUCUUGAACAAUAUUCACUUUGUCAUAUGAAAGAUGAUGAUACUAAAACAUUUUUAUGGCAUCAAUUUAUGCUUGAUGUACUUUUUAACAUUCCUUGUUCACCCAUAGACAAUCAAAAUAUCAUUGAAGCGUCUCAUCGUGUAAAUGAAAUCGAUAUAAGUGAUUCUAUUGAUAUUAAACAAGCACAUAUUGAUGAAUUCUUAACGAUGUAUACAUCGCAUAAAGCUAUAAAAUGGUAUACGAGAGAUUCAUUUCUAUAUCGUGCAUUUAACAAAGCAUGUCGAACUGUGGAUAGUGAUUUAAUAAUACAAUUUCAUUCAUUUGUUAAAGAUCUUAAUAAUCAAUUAGAACAUCUAUAUGUACAACAGAAGGAUAAAUUGUAUAGUAAACGACCAUUGACUGUGUAUCGUGGACAAGCAUUGUGGCAUAUUAAUGAAUUAAAGAAAUUUCGUGAAAGUAAAUCUGGUGAUCUUAUAGCAAUGAACACAUUUUUAUCGACAACAGUCAAUCAUGAUGUGGCUCUUGGUUUUAUUUUAGGCGCUGAUAAGAACACGUCUGUGAUGCUUCAAAUUACAAUCAAUGACGAGGUAAAAAAUGACACUCGAACUCAAAUAUUUGCUGACAUUAAGCAAUUUAGUGACUAUGAAGAUGAAGAAGAAAUUCUCUUUGGUAUGUCCACUGUUUUCAAGUUUAUUUCUAUUGAGGAUACAGAUUAUUGUAUGAUAGUCAAUUUGGAAUUAACCGAUUGUAAAGCAGAUGAAAAUGUAAACAGAUUGAUGAAUGAAGUUAAAAGUCAUUUAUAUGAAAUAUCUCGUAAACAAAUUCCAUUUUAUAUAUUUAAACAAUUAUUCACAACAACUUCUCAUGGCGAUUUUAGAUCAUUUACAGAACUAAUGAAAUUUGUUCUUGCUGAUUUAACACAAAUAUUUGUCAUCAAUAUGUACAAAAAAGAAUGUCGAAUGAAAGAACUUAUCGAUACAGAUAAUAAUUUACUUGAAUUCAUUAAUAAAACAAAUCAUGAUAUGAUUCGUUCUAGUGAAAGAUCAAUUUGUCUUUUAUUCGAUAUACUCAAUCGAUUUCUUUAUUCUUCAAACAAAACUAAACAUGAACAAAUCUCAUUUAAUUUGAAUGAUAAAAUAAGUUUAUUUUGUUUCGGAGGAUUUUUAUUUCUUAUUGGUGAAUCCAAUAAAAGUAUUCGAUAUUUUGAAAUACUCUUAAAAAAUGAUUGGAUUGAUGACCAAUUGAAAAUAUUAAUCUAUACAUUAUUCGGUACAGGUUAUGCAGGAAUCGAAGAAAAAGAAUUAGCAUCGAAAUAUUUUUCACAUGCAUUACAAUCAUUUGAAUCAUCUACACAAACGUCGUUUAUGCCAUCUUCUCAUCCUCAUCCUCAUACAUUAGAUGAUCCCGAUGAACAAGGAAAUGAAAUCUUAUUAAAUAUCCAACAAUCAUUUCUACAAAAUAAACAAUUUGAUAAUGACAUCAAUGAAAAAAUCCGUUUAUUAAUUUUAGGUAAUAGAUUUUCCGAAGAACAAAAAUUAAAUGAUGCUCUUAAUCAUUGGGAAGAAGCAUUAGAAAUAAUAUCUUCGAUACCUUUUACAAUUGGAAAUGUUUUUAAUGGAAUUAUUUAUUUACAAAUGGCAACUGUAUAUUGUCGUUUAAAUAAAACAUCGGAAGCUUUAAAUUUUAUGGAAAAGGGUUUCGAAUAUAUGAAAUGUUAUUAUCCAUCAACUCAUCGAAUGUUUGCUACUUUUUAUUUUCUAUAUGGAUAUUUUCUAAUACAAAAUGAAAGAUCUUCACAAGCAAUUAAAUAUUUAGAAAAAGCAUUAGUAAAUCCAUAUUUUUCCACCAAUAAAGAUUUUCUUAGUGCUGUUUAUAGUUUAUUAGUAAUGGGUAGCAUACAAUCCGGUAAUAUUAAUUGUGCAGAACAAUAUUGUUACAAAGCUCUUCAAUAUCAAUCAUCAACAAAUUCUACGAAUAUGAUUUCUAUUUUCCUCGAAGGAUUACCACACAUAAAAAUGAUGGUUGAUGCUCAAGGUACAGAUUAUGCACGGCAGGUUAUUGGGAUGAGUUUACAACUUGGUCAACAAAUGCUUUCGAAAAUAAUUCAAAACUCCAAUGUAUUGCCUGAUAUUAAUAAUGAUCAAACUAAUAAUUUUGAUAAAUUUAUUACUUAUGCAGAUCAUUAUCGUCAUCAACAAGAUUAUUUAAAUGCAGAAAUAUAUUAUAGUAAAGCUCUUGAAGUUAUAACACAAUUACAAACAAAUCAUAUAUGGAAUAUCUAUAGAAAAAUGAUGAGAAUGAAUAAAAAUGAUAAUUCUCAUUAUCGCGAUUAUUUUAUUGAACAAUAUUCGAAAUAUGAUGAGAAUAAUCCAGAAGAUUUUCAAAUAAUUUCAACAUUACAAAUAAUUAUGUAUAAAUUUUGUCUUAACGAAAAUGAAUUUGAUUUAGGAUUUGAUUGUUUAAUCUAUGGAACAUUUAUGGCAAUAAAAUCUUUCGUUCAUCAAAUUAAAAUCGAUUCAAAUUAUAUUUCAAAUUUAUUAAAUUAUAUUUUUCAUCAUCAACAAUUUGCUCAACUAUGUUCAAUAUUAACUAAAUCCAUUGAAAUUUAUUCAAAUACUUGGAUAAAACAUCUACAAGAUUUUCUUAACAUAUAUUUUACUUGUGAUGAACUUUACACAUGUCUAGCAAAGAUCAUUCAUCAUCCACACAUUGACAAUACGAUCGAACAAAUCAAAUCAAAAUAUAUCAAUGAGAAAUCAUCGAAUGCAAUUUUUCUAUUUCUUAAUACAUUAUUAAAGUUUAUUCGUCAAAGUAUUCCUGUGUUAGUCAAAUCAAAUCUUUCUUUUUC